UUUCCUUCAGUUAAGUUUUUUCUUCGUAUUCUUUGUCGGGUUCACGUGACAUGCCCGUAUUCGCUCAUCGGUCCACGCGAAGUCUAUCACUGGAAUUUCCUGUGGCACGCAGCCAGUACUCGCCGCAAACUUGGCCGCCCUUACAUCACACCGAAUUUGAUUUUUGUGCAGCAGCUCGAACUUUCACAGCUGUUGACGCGUCCAUACACACUGCGUCACGCGUUUGGUUUCUACUGGGACAAUCCACGCAGAAAGGGCUUUUCUGCGGUCGUUUUUCUGCUUGCGUCUUUUCUGCUGCCGACUCCACCAUGUCGUGCGACGAAGUGAUCCGCCGGACGACAAGCCUGGCCGUGCCCACGCCCCCGAGCCAGAAUGAGAAAUUGUCGUACAUUCUGCUUGGAAUUCUGAAUUGCUUCCUUUUUGGUGUCGGUAUGAUUGUUCUGGGUGCCAUGAAGAACGACACUCCUGAUGUUCUCAUCGGCGUCUUCCAGCUAGUUAUUCCUUUUGUUGGCUGGGUCUGGGCCGUUAUCUGGGGUGUCCUCAUUGUUCUCAAGGCUCUGAAGUAGCCUCGGUUCAUUUUGUGCAAGUCGAUGGCGUAAAUGUUGAUUGGAACGCCCAUGUGCACCAGCCAAAUAGCACCGGGUAGGGCGACUCGUGCGGGGGAUCGACACCGGCUUGAUGCAGUGUAGAGAUGGUCAGGCCGCUGCAGUGAAAGAAAAAUCGUUGAGAUGUGACAUGUAACACGGAACAUUCUUGUAGGGAUUCAGGGAGCAAUCGAAUAUGCCGGAUCGAUGUCUUCAUUCAGUGUGGGGGAGUGUUUCGUGCUGGGAAUUUUUUGGUGGCCAAGCUCGGUGUGUCGACCUCUACACGGCUUUGCACAUUUACAUCGCCGUGUGUCGUUGUAUUGUACUACAGAGAUGUAGUCAUUCUAGAUUGAUGUGUUCACACGAAGCGUGAUGCGUGCCGCGUCUGCGAAAAUGCCUGCUGGCGCCAUGGACACGGGUUCCGUGUUACGCACUCUGCUUGCAACUGGGGAAAGUUCAUCCCAGUGAACUUGAGGCGUGAUGGAAGAUUCUGAUGAUCCAGUUUGUCUCGGGUUUCGCGUGCUGUCCUGUGUGCUUGGAGGCCCGGGAUUGCAACGGCUCAGCUUGCCUUUGUUUUUUCUUGGUGCCGCACAGACUGACUGCGACAACUUCGUUAAAGCUGUAGUCGGAACAGGUCCCGGGCUUUGGGCUGAACACUUUCUUAAAUUCCACUCAGAUCAUUGCCACUGUGUGGUGCAUGAACAAGUCUCAUUGGGCGCCUAGGCUACAAAAGAACCUGAUCCUGAGUGCGAUCGCCUUGAUCA